AUGCAUUUGUUCUUCUUCACGGCUUCAGAAGAGGGAGAGAACAAAUCUUCUUCUUCUUCUUUGGUAGCCAAUCUCGACAUGACAAUACCUUCCACGGUUGAUUAUUACUACACAAGAAGUUCAGAUACUUGGGAUAUGAUCCGGUUGAUGAUCAAUACAAAGCAAUGUGCUUUGGUUUCUCGGUGUGAUCACGAUGAUGUGCAGCACAAGGUUUUAACACUAGGAGGAGGUGAUAUUAAAAACCUUUCAUGGCGACAAAUCGAAGACAAUAAUAAUACCGGGCCUUAUGUUCCUUCGACAAAAGGAAUUUGCAUCAACGGGAUUGUGUAUUACGGUGCUACAAGACCAAAUUUUGAUAAGGUUCGUUCGUUUUGA